AUGACGGACGAUAGAAGACAUAUACCAAACGAUUUACGUAAUUUACGUGCUUGUUUAUUAUGUUCAUUAAUUAAAAGUUUUGCUAAAUUUGAAGAAGAUGGUUGUGAUAAUUGUGAAGAAUUUCUUCGAAUGAAAGGCGAUGGUGAUCGUGUUUAUCAAUGUACAUCAAGUAAUUUUGAAGGAAUGAUUGCGUUAAUGCAUCCAGAAGAAUCAUGGGUUGCUAAAUGGCAACGUAUAUCACAUUAUGUUAAAGGAAUGUAUGCUGUUUCGGUUACUGGUGCAUUACCAAAACAUAUUCAACGUGACCUUGCUCAAAGUGGUCGACCAUAUCGUAGUCGUGAUGUUAGUUUAAAAACAUAA